AGGAGGGAGAGGGGUGGCCCUGAGUGAGUGGAAGAGAAAUUUGGCAAGUGUCCUCGAAAAGAAACGGAAGGAGCGGGAGAUGAUUUAGUUUUAGAGAGGCAGACGAAGAAACAAGAGGUUUAUUUAGGACGAGGAUGGAGGUUUUGCUGAGGAUGAAGAGUGCCGGGGUCGUUCUGUUGAUGCUGUUUCUUCAUCACAUGUCUUUUUCUUCUGCACAGGAUUGUUCAUCCACCCACGACCUGCUGAACUCGCUGCGGCAGGUGGAGAAGAUGUUGGCGGUCCACGAGGCGUCGUACCAGCAGGGCCUGCGCUCGCUCAGGAAGAAGCUGAGCAUUCUGCACAACAGCACCAUGGCCAUCUUUAAGACUGGCGCAACUUGCUCCAAACCAGAACCCCCAACUCACGGCCGCAGACUGGGAAGGGUGUUUGGCAUCGGUCACGAGGUCCACUUCCUGUGCAAACCUGGUUACGAGCUGAUUGGCCCGCGCACCCGAGUGUGUCUCGAGACUCUGCGGUGGAGCGGCCAGCAGCCAAUGUGCACACGCUUGAACAACACCAGAAACUCCCUGGCCUCCUUUUCUCCUGCUGCUGCUCCUUCCUCUUCCUCCUCCUCUUCCUUCCCUGUUUCUGCAGCUCUGUCAGCAUCCACCUCCUCUGCUUCCUCUUUAGCAUCUUCGCCUCCUCCUGUCUCCUCUUAUUCACCCACGUCUUCCUCCCCGUCCUCCUCUGUCCGUCCGUCUCACUGCACUCACUUCCUGGGCUCUACACGCUGCACCUGUGACGUGGGUUUCACCAUAUCAGGCCGCGACAACAACAUCUGCACAGACAUCGAUGAGUGCCGAUUGUUCCCUCUCGGUCAGCCCGGCCGGCUCUGCAUCCAUCAGUGUGUAAACACUCCCGGCAGCUUCCACUGCUUCUGUCCAUCCGGCUACGAACUCUCCAGAGACGGACGCAGCUGCACAGACAUUGACGAGUGCGAAAACCGAAUGAACAACUGCACAGCAGACCAGGUGUGUGUGAACACCUACGGAGGUUUCCAGUGUGUGAUGGUGGAGUGUCCGCACAUGAAAAACGCCACGUACAUCAAGACGUCUCCCAUGCGCUGUGAGAGGAACCCGUGCAUGUUUGGAGACAAGGCGUGCACUCAGGCGCCAAACUCCAUCUCCUUCCACUUCCUGUCUGUGGUGUCGAACAUGUCUGCCCCCCGUGUCCUCUUCCGGGUGUCUGCAGCCCGCGUCCUGGGUGACACGUUGCGUUUUGGGCUGGCAGGUGACCGUGGGCGGGGCCACUUUAGCGUGCAACGAUCCGGCCGUCAGACCGGCACCCUGCUCCUGGUGACGCCCAUCAAAGGCCCCGCUACUCUGGAGGCCGAGGUGGAGAUGAGCGAGUUGGAGCGCAACAACCUGCUGGGCCGCUACCUCACCAAGGUCACCCUGUUCGUUUCUCCGUAUGAGUUUUAGGGGGAGCCAUUGAUUUGGGAUGGAGGGUUCAAGGGUCAUCAGGGUUUACCAGCGUUACGAUUUAGCAGUUCACGCCCCCAAAUAAGAGCCUGACCAACUAUUAGAGUCUAACUGAA